AUGGCGCGGUGUUACAUUUUGGCAUAUAUGUCAAAUGUUCUACAACAUCAGCAUCAGUCUAUGCCUUCUGCCUAUGAUAUAAUGCAGAACCUCAAAGAAAUGUUUGGGGAUCAAAAUCGUGUUGCUAGGCAGACUGUUAUGAAGGAACUUAUGAAUACUACUAUGGUAGAAGGGACUCUAGUAAGGGAUCAUGUUCUGAAAAUGAUUGGUCUUCUCAAUGAGCUACAGAUCCUUGGAGCUAAAAUCGAUGGGGAAACCGAGGCCGAUGUCGUUCUCCAGUCACUGCUGGACUCUUUAAAGUAG